AUACAAUCAAUCUACCUUACCCCUAUAACUUUUUUUUCUAAACUUAAGUUUACCUUUUUCAAUUCUUCUUCUCUUUGGACGAAUACAGAAUGGCCCCCAGAGCUCCGAAGCAGAAGGCUCCAAAGGCCGCAAAGGCGCCUGAGACCGGCAGAAGAACUAGGGUUCGGCAUCGGUGUAUCGAACUGUGUAAUACUCAGAACCGACAUCUCCCUCCACAGCCUGGGACGUUAUGGAGUCUGAGCAGUUGGCCGGAUCCACCGCCCCUGGCUGAAGAUGAGAAAUUCAUGGGGCAAGACGAGAGAAGCAUCGUGUUGAGUCACGAGUGGAACAAAUCCAAGAUGAUCGCUCUUCUGGAACAUCACUCAUGGGGCAUCGACACCGGGAUAGACCCUCAGUCGGCUUCAAAGAAACAAAUCUUCCUCACACUAUACGCCAUUUGGUACAACACGGAGCCACGAUUCCGGGCUUUCCAGAACGAUGUCAAAGGGUUUCUUGACGCGUCGAAGGAUGCUGGACCUCGCUUGCUUAAAGGGCCCAACAAGAACGGCGCCUGGGCCCAUCCUAUUAGCAGGUACUAUCCUAGCCUGCCGACGGUCAACGAAGCGUGGGCUCCCAAUUACACCAGACCUCGGGCUCAUCCCAACUUUCCAGAUUCAAUACCAUCCCAUUUCUCUGAUUCAUGGAUGGAGCGUUUGACGCUUGGGAAUGCAGGUGGGCCUAUGGAUGGCUACGCAGAGGACCCCAGAUAUAAUCCGCCGACAGAUAUGACCAACAAUGUUGCUGACGACUCUCAGCCAGCAAACCAGCCAGCGACCCAGCCAGCGACCCAACUAGCGACAACACAAGCCCAACCAGGGACUCAGACAACCACGAUUGAGCAGGAUUUUGCAGACAUGGUGGCGUUGAUAUCGACAGCGCUUGAAAAGGCAUUUACAGAGCUUGCAUACAAGGGCUUGGAACGACAUCCGCGAGCUUAUCCCUUAGAGAUGGUUCCGUAUGAAGGCCUGAAAAUGACCGAUCCUGCGCCCUACGCAUUCAUCCAGACUGGCGCCGCGAAAAUCUCUCAUUUCGAUGUUGAUGGUAUUGAAUUCCCCACGAACGGUCGAGGCCCUAUGUGGGCCAACCAGUCGUGCGCCAUCGACUGCUGCAUUGUGGCCAGCAAACUCCUGGAUGCCGGCUGCACGGUGAUUGACCGUGGUGCCAACGAGAACUGGUUGGACAAUUUGAGCGACACUCAACGCUCGUUUCUGAAAGUGGUCAACGAGUAUAACUGGGAGAUCGUCUCGCCGGCCCAGAGCAUGGAAGUACGGGACAGGUUCUGGAAGAACAAGCUGGCGAGACACGGGUACCCCUUUGGCCACCAACUCUCGGCUGCAUCGCUUUGGACGAUGCUAACGCAGGGCUUUGGCCAGUUUGAGAUUCAACGCCAGAGCAUCACCUUCCCAUGCUCGUGUCACCAAGGAGCCGCGAUGACCAAGACCGACGAAAUGGCGUACACCGUGACGCCUGCCAAAAUCAACGUGACCGAGUCGAUAUCGCAGCUGUUGCAAGACGCAUUCCCCCUGGGCCAGAUAGCGGGCUCGGGCGAGCUCAAGGCCAAAGCCACCAUCUGCCGACAAUGUCAUCAGAAAACAAAGCACGGGAGAGUGGUCAGAGUCCGGCAGAUGCCUAUGCGGCUGGCUGUGGAGCUCAACCCCGGCGUCCGAGUCACGGCACAUACCUCGCAGAUAGUCAAGUUCAAGUACCGGGACUGGAACAAUAGGGAGGUAGAGGCGAAGUACCGCUGGCUGGGUGGGAUCUACUACCAGGAGGGUCACUUCCGGGUGUACUGGAACCAGGACAAACGAGGCGAGAAGAGCGGGUGUAUCCAGAUGUACGACGAUAUGCAGAACCAAGCGUUUAUCCUGGGCGGCUUCCCCUCGAGCGAUCCAGACGAAAGGGUACGGCAGGACUGGGUGAGCGAGACGCCGCCCAUGCUGUUCUACGAACGAGUCUUCACUCCCAGCGUGCAUGAGUUCUACAUGGCGACCAUCUCUCUGAGCAAGCUCCAAAAUCGCUUGGGGGUUCUACACCAGGCUCCACAGUUCCGAGAGAUGGUCCUGCGCACGAAGCGGCUGAUGGCCUUGCAGCGGCCUCCCCUCAAGACUGAGAUUAAAGCCUCGAUGAACUCAGGCAACUACCGCAAGAGAUUUGUACUUGUGAACAAUUACGAGGAAGAUAAUACUGCGCUCGACAAAGCGGAAGAAUUGUCAUAUUCAGACUACCCUCUUCCAAUGCAACCUCUUGCCAACGAUUCCCCCGUGCUGGCUUUUGACGAAGAUCCGCCAAUGCAGACUUUUGACGACGACAUGCCUCUCGACCCGGUUCUUGUGCAGGCGACACAAGAUCAGAUACACGCCCAAGAACAGGCUCUGGCUCAAGCAUAUGCCCACGCCCAAGCCCAGGCUCAAAUGGCUUUGCAGCACCCUUCAGCGCCUGCAGGUUACAUGCCCGCCCAGCCGUACCAGUCCUACCUGGAUACUUUAGGCUAUCAGUCAAACCCGGAAUACCCACAAGCACCGAUGGGGUAUCAGCCUGCACAACAACCCCAGGCUUACGCGGAUCCAACAGGCAUGCAGCAGGGUCAAGGCUAUAUGCAGACCAUCGACCCGCAGGCAGUUCAAUAUGACCAGGACAUGGACCUGGACGAAUCCAUUCGAUCCAACAAUCAAGGGAUAAUUUACCAGCCCAACGACGAGAUGGAUGAAGAUGCGAAGAUCCUGCAUCUCCUCGGUGGUCUCAUGGGCGGAGCUCCAUCAAGAAGGACCAGCAAGGGGUCCGGUGCCUCUGUUUCUUCGCGGCGGACGAUCAUUCACAUCGAGGGCCCCGCGAACGAGGAAGUGAUCACGUUCAUUCGCGAGUCCUUGCAAAGGAGGAAAGAUUCCAAGCCCAGACGUAUCGUCGAGGAAAUAUCGGACGACGGACCGAGCGAGAAAGCAGCCAAGUUCAUCCAAGACUCUGUACACAGGGCAGAUGAGGAUGAGAAGCACACCACCGUCACGGAGAUUGAGCUGACGCGUUUGACCAGCAGCGGCGGCAGGAAGAGCCCCAAACGGAAACGCUCCGACGUGGACUCGGGCCACGAUGAUAGCAAAAAGGACAGCGACAACAAGGGCGACGACGACGACGACGACGAUGACAAAGUAUCAGUCAAGAAGAAAGCCCGGUUAGAUAGAGACAGGCGUGAAAGCGUGGACUCGUUCAUUUAUACGUGUCGAUCUGUGUUCGCUCGACUGACGCGGACACGAGGUAACGAGUAAACAUAGUGGAAUAUCUGCAGGAGAUGGAGGGGGUUUUGUUUUAUUAUAGACUUGUUCUUGGUAUUUUGAUCCUCUAUAGACAUAGAUCUUUAAUGCAUUGAUUAGUAGCUAAC